CAAUCGUGGUUUUGUACGUGAAGAACGAAGUCUGCUAAAUAAUUUAUUUAAGUCCAUUAAGUGUAUUGAAAAUAAAAUUUCAUAUCGUAAUUUUGUAACUAGUACCUUCAAUUAUCUAAAUACGUAUACGUAUGAUGAGUAACAAAAAUGUUGAAUUUUCGAACCCGCAGAACUUGCCAGCCGAGAGGCUAUUGCUGUCGGUGUCGGAUUCGGGCGUUAUGCGACAAAUCAAAGCGUUGGACCCAUAUUGGGUGGAAUCAAGAGAGAUGAUAGUGUAUGAGAGCCCUCCGUCGGGCAGUGGGCUGGUUCUCGGUGCUGUAGAUGCAUGGAAGACUCGGAUGGAGGGAUACUUGGAAGAUCUGAAGUGGCUUCUUAGUUUAGAACAUCACAUAUUUUGGAGCACAGUGCUAUACCACCCGCAGUGCAUGGACUCGCUGGUGUCCUUCCUGCAGGAAGCGAGCCCGCCGUACAUGCCGCCACACGAGAGUAGAGACGUGCAGAAACUGUACGGGGAAAUUAGGAGGCUGAUCCUGGUUGUGUUUAGCAGGCUUAUUACUAAUAAGGAGAGUAAGUCCCAGUGGAUAAGUAAAGAAUACAUGGCCGAUCUCAUAUACGACAAUUUCGUGUUUACGAUACCUAUACUAUGGGACACGUGUCUGGUGUAUGGCGUGGACAACACUAGGCACGUGUCCCGAGUGCUGGAGAGCGUGUUCACGCUGCAGCCGCGGUACGAGGGCGACGCGGCGGCCGCCGUGGCCUUUGUCAAUGAGGCCUUCAAAUACAUAAUCCUGCAAGUAAACAAAGACUACGACGCCGUAGACCCCCCGAACCUGCCCAAGACCUUCGAGGGUUUCAGCGAGAUCAAGAGACCUCCCAACAGCAAGGAACAGGGACCCCUCACGUUUAGUAUUUUAAAGGAUUUGGUCAUACACUUGUUGGAUAUGGCGAUGACACUGAGGAUAUUUCUGGAAGCGUACCCUAAGGGGGUUAAGAUAUUUAGGAAGACUAAUUUUGUAAAUAGUAUAGUGCAACUCUACGAAUACGGCAUACCGAAUUUGUACGAUAAGCUCAAAGAGGUGGGGGAUGAAACCAGCGUCGCGUGCACAGAAGUGGAGGGGCACAUAGACACGGCGCGCGCAGAGCUCAUCGACAUAUUCAGAGAAAUGCUGGCGGUGUAUAAGAACGCCAUAUUGAAUGGAGAAGGCAGCGUGAGCGCGCACGUGGAAGACUACCUGGCUGUGAUGAUGGAUGGUCUUUCGGAGCGGCUCCUCAUCAGCGACUACCAUGCUUGCUACCCCGUUCAUGAGGAUCUGGAGAUGCUUAGGGUGGCAUACCCUGAUAUCGACCCAGUGAAAACGGACUUCAUCCUCCAAGCAAUAUACUCCAACCUCGACGAGCCAAUCCCCGCACCCCUCACCAACGGCCACUCGGACCCCUCGCCCGACCCCCCUAACCCCCCACCGGCUACAGACAAUGAAAUACCCGUAGACAUCAGACAGGAGUCUCUGAUCAGUGAAGUGAGAGAUAUUCUACCGCAUUUGGGCGAUGGAUUUAUUUUGAAAUGUUUGGAGCAUUAUGGUUUCAAUUCGGAGAGGGUUAUUAAUAGUAUAUUGGAGGAUACUUUGGAUGCUUCGUUAAGAGGUCUAGACCAGUCCCUUCCAAUCAUACCAAAAGACCUGCUCGACGAGAAAUUCCUAGAGACCGGCGUGCAAAGACUGAACGUGUUCGACGGAGAUCAAUUCGACAUCAUGACUCGAGACGACGUGGACUUAACUAAAAUACAUGUGGGGAAGAGGAAGGAUAAGCAUAAGAAUAUUAAGGAGUUGCUGGACGAUAAGAGCGAUGUUAGGCAGCGGGUGGAUAUCUAUAGCAAGUAUAAUUUGGUAUGCGACGAGCAAGCGAUGUACAGCGAUGAAUACGACGACACAUACGAUUCUGACGGCGUAACGCCCGCCCCAGCAGACCCCACCGACGAACGGAGACCAUUUGUCACGCCAAGAGCGUUGCAGACACGACAGGAGCUAGAGAGUUCAUCCGAAGACGAACCAGAACCGACGCCAGCGCCAUCUAGCUACAACGCGCGGAACCGAAUGGACUUCUGCCAAAACCCUGAAGAAAUCCGAGCGAGGCGAGAGGCCAACUACCAGGCCAGGCGAGGCCGCGGCGGCCAUCGGCCUCCACCGCCGUCUAACAAGGACGUGGUGGGCAAGCCCCGCGGGCAGGGGCAAGACAAGGAGGUGUUGGCGAACCGCGAACGCAAGGAGAAGCAUAAAGGCGCCCGCGGCAACCACUCCAGGAGGCAGGGCGCACAGUGGAAACGGAGCCAGGGGAUGAUGCCUUCAUAACAGACGUUAAGGUUUUCCCUUCUGACACAGGGUACUCGACGGGUAAUGGCACUUUCGAAAAAUACCGCAUUCAGUCAUUGUUGGUUGAACGUUUCUUUUAUUUUUUUGCCAUUUUUAUUAUUGUGACCUUUGUGACCUUUUUGGCCAGUUUUGUGUUAUUUCUAGUCAGGAUCGCGAGCCCUUUUCAUCCUUAUAGGAGAAAAAAGUGCCCUGAAAUUUCCAUACAUUUUUCAAACUUUCCUAUUUGUUAUCGCCAUACAAAGCAUAUGGGGAAACGGUAACACAAUAGGAAAAAACUCUGGGGCAUUUUUUUAUCCCAUUAGGAUCGAAAGAGCUCGUAAUUCUGAGUAGAAAUAACACAAAAGUGGCAAAAGAGGUCAGAAUGUAUAAAAAUGGCAAAAAAUAAAAGAAACGCUCGGUUAGGAGUAAAUUUUUGAUCCAAAACUGCUAUAAAAUGUAUUAAAUAAAAUGCUAUAUGCGUCGUCCAUAUUGUCCUAGCGGUACACCCCGAAAUUCAGUAAAAUAAUGCUGGUGGUAAUAAUCGCAACAAAUGGUGUUAACUUAAAAGUAUGAAAAUCGGUACGAUUGAUCUUUAAUCCACUUCACUCGUGGUUCACUUCAACUUCACCCGAAGCGGCAAAAAAAAACAACGAGUUGCACUCCGGGAGUGCCGGCAGAAGUGAAAACUCAAUGACAUUGUAACAGUUUUUCGAUCAGGUCACGUGUCCGUCUUACGAAUCUUACGGUCACGACAUGACAUGACCUGUCGCGAGUUUAACAUGUUUUCCCCAUCACAAAAAGUGCACAGCGCCGCUAAAGAAGUUUUCACUUCAAAAAUAAAAAAAAACACCACGUAUAAACCACACAGCUUCAACAUGUCAUAAAAGUAGAGGUGUACUUUGUAAAGUAGAUGGCGAUCGUGAUGAAAAUAGUGCUAUCAAAAAGCUUUAUCAACCGUCUCUUAGAUCCUAAAGGCUGUAAAAAUAAAGUAAAAGCAUGUACCGGGGCAGAAGUGAUGACGCAGUCUCGAAGUUAUGGAGGACGCCAACAAAGAGCAGGAAGAGAAAUAUUUUGUAUAAAUAGAGGCACAACCGGAGCCCUUAACUUUAGACAUCCAAAUGUAGAAAGGGAAGUAUAUGAGGAAGUUAUUGAAGACUUACCUACCUGUUUAGAAAUUAAACCCGACACUAAUAAAGCAUUCUGCCCUCCUAAGCUAAAAAGCGGUAUUUGCAUAAAAUUUUCAUUGAGAAUACGUCCUUCCCUCCUAAGCUAAAAGGACGUAUUUUCAAAUACCGCUUUUUAGCUUAGAAGGGCAGCAUUGGGCAUUGGACAAGUGCGAGUCGGGCUCGCCCAUCGUUCCGUACUUUUUGUUAAGCUUAAUUUUGUUAAUGUUUAAGGUCACCACCAACAUUACAAAUAGCUAAUUUAGACAAAAACGAUGAAGAUUCUAACAAGCCGAUACCCAAUAAAGCUAUACUUAAUUACAAACUUCCCUUGUCCUGCAGUCUUUAUCAUCAAGGCAAAUUGGAUAUAGUACUAAAGUAAGAUUAUAUACUAAAUUCCGGCUCAAUAGAAUAUCAGGAACUGGACUUAACCAAUUAAAAAAAAAACAUUGUUGUACAUAUUUUAGUUAUUUACAAUUACAAGUGCGAAAAAUAGGAAAUUCGCAACGAGUGGCGAAUUUCACAACACGAAUGGAUAUGGCCCUUUAAAUUUUCGACGUAGUUACGUAAUGUGCUUAUUAUAGCACCUGGUAUCGUAAUGCGCCAGAUAACAGAUAAAAAAAAGAUAAUCGUAAUAUACUGUAAAAUAAAUAAGAACAUACGUACAUAAGUGAUGAUCGUGAUAUUUAGCGAAAGUGUCAUGCCAUGUGACUUUUUAUUGAUUGUAAAGUAGCAAAUCGUACUUAGUUUACUAAUGCAAAAAAAUGUACAGUGUUACUAAAAGAUCAUGUAUCUUGCGUUCACAUACUGACAUUUCCAUUUGCCGCGGCGAGCGGAGUGACCGAGUUAAUAAAUGUACAGUCGCCAUCAGAUAUAUCGGAGCGGCCAAAGUGUGCACAAUAUCUAAACACGCACUGUAACGCCCUGACAAUAGAGACGUGUUCAGAUAUCUGUGAGCACCUCGGCCGCUCCGAUAUGUCUGAUGGCGACUGUAUACUUAACUGCAAAAUUGCGUAUCCACUUAAUAAAUGAAUUCCAAUCAUAAAACGGGUAUGCACUUUUGCAGCUCGCAAAUUGCAACAAAAGUUGCUAGAGUCAGACCAAGAAUAGUCUGCAGCGGAUUUGAUAGCACGCAGUGUUAUAUUAUUAUUAAACGUCAAACUUCUAUGAAAUUAUGACGUAUAAAUGACACUUGCGCUGCGUGGACUAUCAAAUCCGCUGCAGUCUUUCUUUGGUCCGACUCUAAGCGGUUAUAGUGUUCAAAAUGUCCUGUGAACAACUUUGUUCCUAAGAGACCACGAGGUGUGCAGAUCAUUUUGGAUACCUGGCCCGCUUCAUAAAUAACUAAGUGUUGCUUUGCUCGCCGUGGCAUAAAUGUCAAACUAAAAUAACCAAUAACAAUAUAUACUUUACAUAUUUUACUGUAUUAUUGUCAAUAUUGUCAAUAAGGGUGGUAUUCCACCUUACCAAUUUCUUUGUUCAAUGUGCAUUGUUUCUCACUCUCUCAUUAAGCAAAAUGUGCGACGCAAAUACACAUUGGACCAAGAUAUUGGACAGGUGGAAUACCAAUCUAAGAUACUGUUAGGUAUUACUAAAGGGGCCCACUGAUUAACAGUCCGCCGGAAGGAAUCGGCCUGUCAGAACAAAAAGUUGACAGUUCCGGACAACUGACAGGCAGAUACCAUCCGGUGGACUGUUAAUCAGUGGGC